AGCAAGCGCGGCUCAAGCUCCGAGUUGCAGCGCACAGCUCAGAACGGGGCCUCGGAGCACCGAGCCCCGGCCACGGAAUUCCCCGCGUGGGCCCCACAGCGCCCGCUCAAGUUGACCCUCUGCGACUUCUCUGAGUCCGGCGGGAUGGAGAAGGAGCAGCAGCGCCAGCCGCACACCACGAGGCGCCACUUUCGCCCCGCCCGACGCCGCGCGCGAGAGGCCGAGGGCCCCAAGGCUUCCAGCUCCGCGGCGCCGCCCGCGGCAAGGCUCCCGCAGGAGCCGCCUCGCCACCGCACCACCAUCAAGAACACGUUCGUGGAGGUGAUCUUGGAGGAGGGAGACGGCCAGGAUGGCCCCUACCCCGCCGCGGGCCGCCGGAGCUGCUCGUCCGGCUGCCCGCGCGGCGGCUGGGACCGCCCCCAGGCGGCGGCGGUCCGCACCGCCUCCCCCUCGCCGGCACCGGCGCCCCCGUGCCCGACGCCGUCCGCAGAGGGCGGCCGCCCGGCGCCCCGCGCCGCGGCCCAGUCCCGGCCCAGCCGCGGCGCGCGUGGUCCUGCGGCCCUCGCUGACGACGGCGCCGCAGGCGCGCAAGCGGCGACGGAUCGGGCGCCCUCGCCCUCCGCAGAGGCGGUUGGGCGCUGCGGCGUCGUCUUCGCGGGCAGCCCCUGCGAGAGUCCGUUCGCGCCGGUGCUGCAGCACCCGUUCCCCUGCGCCGCGGGUUGCCCGUGGCCGCAGUGCGCCGACUCGCCCACGCCGUGGGGCGGCGCCGUGUGGCAGCGCCUGGCCGCGGAGGCAGGCCGCGACGCGGCGACCGACUGGUUCUCCGAAGCUUUUGCUCAGGGCGUCGUGGAGGUAUCGCAGGAUCUGGUCGUGCUCGACGCGGGCAUUGGCUCGACUGGCUGCUGGAUGAAGGUCACGAUCGCCUCGUUGUCGCUGGAGAUCUCGGUCGGUAGCGCCUCGUCCUCGUCCUCGUCCUCCGGAUUGUCGGCCGCGAACGGCUCCCGGGUCUACUUCCCGAUGCCGGCGCCCGCGUGGCCGUUCUGCGCCCCGCAGCAGGGCGCGUCGGAGGCGGGGGAGGAGCGGCUGGCUGCCACCGCGGCCGGCGCGUCCGCGGCCGGCGCGCCCACGACCGCGUGGCCGUUCUGCGCCCCGCAGCGGGGCGCGUCGGAGGCGGAGGAGGAGGCUGCCACCGCGGCCGUCUCGCCCGCGCCCGCCGCCGAGGCGGCGGAGGCAGGGCCACUCUCGUCGCGCGCCGCAGGCGCAGCGCUGUGGCACGAACUGGGCUGCGAGGGCCGCACUCCCGGGCCGCCUGCGCCUCGCCGCCGGCGCCUCGCCAACAAGCCGUGGAAGGCGGGCGGCGGCGGCGGCGACGCCGCCGCGGCGGCGAAGGUCUUGACGGCCACCGUGCGCCCGCUGGCGGGCAGCCUCUGGCGCGAGAGGCCAGACUACCAAAACAUGCGCCCUGCGAAGCCGCAGUGCAUCAGAGUAGGCGGCCUGGCGUUGAGGCCGCACGCCGGCUUUGCGCGCUUCGACGACCUGCUGGUCGAGCUGCGGCGCGAGCACGGGCGCGUCGUGCGCCAGCUGCUCGACCGCCUCCCGCAGCCAGGCGGCCUGGAGCCGUCGCGAAGCCAGGAUGUAUGCCGCGCCGAGGCGGCGCCCGAGGCCGCCGUCGGGCUGCGGACGCUAGCCCGCCAAGGCGGCGGCGAGGCGCGUCAAACGCUGGCCCAGGUCGUCGAGCCCGCGCCCGAGCAGCCCUACGCCAAGAGCCAAGACCGAUCUGCGGGACUCCGCAGUCCACCCUGGUUCUGUGCAGCCAGCCUGGGAGAGCGACUCCGAGCGCGCGAGGUGCCGCGCAAGUCGGGCCAGAUCGCCGCGCCCGCGCCCGAGUGGCCAGAGGCCGUGGCCGUGCCGCAGGAGGGCGCGGGGGGCCCGCCCGGUUCGGUGCUCGGAGGAGGCCGACGCAGCGAAGGCAGCUUGUCCGCGCUGGGCUGGUCUUCUGGCGUGCUAUUGCUCGUCGAGAUGAUCUUUGCGCUGUUGCUCAACAUAUUGAGGUAG